AUGGCUUCCAAUGAGAACUAUGCUGUAUUCCGCGAGUGUCUGUCUAAUGCCAUUGUGGCCUGCUCUGAGGAAAAGCCAAAGCCAACGCGACGGAAGCCAAAGGGCAAGCGCAAAGACGUAGCGACAGUGACAACAGUGCCCACAGGGAGAGCAGAUCCAGAGGAGCUCGCUGAAUUUGUUGAUUUCCUAGCCUCAGAAACCUUCACCACCUUCCCGACUCCCCUCCAAACCCUAAGCUACGCAGCCAUCCAACACGACCCAGCCCUAUCAACCCUCUACAUCCCCCCAGACGCCGACACGCCCCUCCCACGCGCCACGCUCGAAUCAUUAUUCUCCCCAAUCCCAGUCAGCGUAACUGACUCACUACUUGUCUAUGGCAUAAUCCCCGACGCAGCAGACCUGCUGGACUUCCUCACGCCCGUGCUGACAGAGUACACAUCGAGCGUGACGAAUGGCCCACCGGCGUGGGCGAGCACGCGCGCAGACGCGUGCGAGAUCUGCGAACGUGACUGGAUCCCGCUCUCGUAUCACCAUUUGAUUCCGCGCGGUGUGCAUGCAAAGGUUGUUAAGAAAGGGUGGCAUGAUGAGUGGAUGUUGAAUAGUGUGGCGUGGCUUUGUCGUGCUUGUCAUAGUUUCGUGCAUCGCAUGGCGAGUAAUGAGGAGCUGGCUAGGGAGUGGUUUACUAUUGAGAGGAUUUGUGAGAGGGAGGAUGUGCGGGAUUGGGCUAUGUGGGUUGGGAGGGUUAGGUGGAAGGCCAGGUAG